CGGGCGGCGAGCCCAGGCCGGUGCGAGCCGCCUCGGGAUCCCGGGAGCACGCGUUCGCCUGCGCUCUCCGCGCCCGCGCCCCUUCCCCACCGCAACAGGUCCGGGGAAGGCGGAGGUGGCGAGGGCGCACGACUCGAGACUGGAGGAGCCAGGGGCAGGAAGAUGAACAGACUCAUUAUUUUCCACUGACUGGCAGCAAUGGCGUUUACUGAAAGAGUCCAGAGCAGCAGUAGCAGCAGCUUGUACAAUGAAGACCGGAACCUGCUUCGAAUUAGAGAGAAGGAAAGACGCAACCAGGAAGCUCACCAAGAGAAAGAGGCAUUUUCUGAAAAGAUCCCCCUUUUUGGAGAGCCCUACAAGACAGAAAAAGGUGAUGAGCUAUCCAGUCGAAUACAGAACAUGUUGGGAAACUAUGAAGAAGUGAAGGAGUUCUUUAGCAGCAAGUCCCACCCUCAUCGCUUGGAUGCCUCUGAAAAUAGGUUGGGAAAGCCAAGAUAUCCUUUAUUUCCUGAAAAGGGGAGCAGCAUUCCAUCCCACUCCUUCCACACGAGUGCCCACCACCAGCCUGUUAAUACUCCUGCCUCCGGACCACUUCCUGUUGGUAACGUAAGCCAGAACCCAAAGAUGGCACAGCCAAGAAUGGAACCAAUGUCAAAUCCUCAUGUCAAAAGCUAUGGCCCACCAGACAGCCAGCACCCAACCCAAGAUCGCCUUGGUCAGGAGGUGUGCGGCUCUGGUCAUCACAAAAAAGGUGACCGCAGAGCUGAUGGAGACCGCUGUGCUUUGGUGACAGACUCUGCUCCUGAGAGGGAGCUUUCUCCCUUACUCUCCUUGCCUUCCCCAGUGCCCCCCCUGUCAUCUGUACAUUCCAACCAGCAAGCUCUUCCCCGGACACAAGGAAGCAGCAAGAUUCACAGCAGUAACAGUAAUAGUAAAGGCUAUUGCCCAGCCAAAUCUCCCAAAGACCUAGUAGCAAAGGUCCAUGAUAAAGAGACCCCUCAAGACAAUUUAGUGGCAGUUGCCGGCCUUGGGGUGGCCCCUCCCCAGCCACCUUCUCAGACUUUCCCCCCACCUUCCCUCCCCUCAAAAACUGUUGCGAUGCAGCAGAAGCCCACGGCUUACGUCCGGCCCAUGGACGGUCAAGAUCAGGCUCCUAGUGAGUCACCUGAACUGAAACCACUGCCGGAGGACUACCGGCAACAGACCUUUGAAAAAACAGACUUAAAAGUGCCUGCCAAAGCCAAGCUCACCAAACUGAAGAUGCCAUCUCAGUCGGGUGAGCAGACCUACUCCAAUGAAGUUCAUUGUGUUGAAGAGAUUUUGAAGGAAAUGACCCAUUCAUGGCCACCUCCUUUGACAGCAAUACACACGCCUAGUACUGCUGAGCCCUCCAAAUUUCCUUUUCCCACAAAGGAUUCUCAGCACAUUAGUUCUGUGACCCAAAAUCAAAAACAAUAUGAUACAUCUUCAAAAACCCACACUAAUUCUCAGCAGGGAACAUCCAUGCUUGAAGAUGACCUUCAGCUCAGUGACAGUGAGGACAGUGACAACGAACAAAGCCCAGAGAAGCCUCCUCCUGCGUCUGCACCUCCCAGUGCCCCGCAGUCGCUUCCAGAAGCAGCGGCCUCAGCACAUUCCAGUAGUGCCGAGUCAGAGAGCACCAGUGACUCAGACAGCUCCUCGGACUCCGAGAGCGAGAGCAGCUCAAGUGACAGCGAAGAGAAUGAGCCCCUAGCAGCUCCGACUCCUGAGCCUGAGCCUCCUACAACAAACAAAUGGCAGCUGGACAACUGGCUGACCAAAGUCAGCCAACCGGCAGCCCCACCAGACACCCAGGAGGGGAGCGCAGAGCCCCCGCCUCGGCACCCAGACAGUAAGGGCAAGGGGGGAGGCGACAGCAGCGGCCCCACCACUGGUCACGAGCUCUCGGAAUCCAAAGAUCCUCCCCUCAAGAGCUCCGGCAAAGCCCCCCGGGGCUCCUCCGAGGGCCCUCACCCCGGCAGGAGGAGCUGUCCGAAGUCCCCGGCCCAACAGGAGGCCCUGCCGAGGCAGACUGUGGGAACCAAACAACCCAAGAAGCCGGGCAAGGCCUCCACGCCGGCGGACCCUCGGGCCGGCCUGCAGGUGGAGAGCGAGCCGGGCCCCCCUCCGUCCGGCUCCAGAGACCAGCCUUCCAAAGACAAGCCCAAGGUGAAGACGAAAGGGAGGCCGCGCGCCGGCGACAGCAGGGAGCCCAAGCCCGCCGCGCCCAGCCCCGGUGACCGCAAGAAGCACCAGAGCGGGCCGCUGGCCCCCUCAAAGGCACUCUCGGGCCCCGAGCCCACGAAGGACAAUGCGGGGGCCAGGAGCCCCGAGCACUUUGCCCUGGUUCCCCUGACCCAGAGCCAGGGCCCGCCCCACGGCGGUGGCGGCAGGACUAGUGGCUGCCGGCGCGCAGUGGUGGUCCAGGAGGACCGCAGGAAGGACAAGCUCCCGGGGCCUGCCAGAGACACCAAGCUGCUGUCGCCGCUCAGGGACCCUCCUCCCCCACCCAUCUUGAUGGUGAAGAUAACCCUGGACCUUCUUUCUCGGAUACCCCAGCUUCCUGGGAAAGGGGGCCGGCAGAAGAAGCCAGAGGACAAGCAGCCCCCCACAGGGAAGAAGCCCGAUUUGGAGAAGAGAGGCGCAGACAACUCCAGCAAGUUGGUCAAAAAAAGAAAGGCUGAAGCUGAGAAAGACCAUGACAGCAAGAAAGCCAGACUGGAGAAAGAAACCAAGUUGCAGUCAUUAUCUUCAUCCCCCCACAAAGAAUCUUCCAAAACAAAGCCCUCCUCUGAGCCCUCAAAGAAGGAGAUGCUUCCCCCCCCACCUGUGUCAUCCUCAUCCUCAUCCUCAUCCUCCCAGAAGCCAUCCAAGCCUGCACAAAAGAGGCCAAGGCGGGAAGCUGAUCCCUCCAGCCAAGACGCUUCCCAAAGUGCCAGUAGUAGCAAGGGCAACCACAAAGACUCUUCCACUCCCAAGCACAGAAAAGUAGAGGGGAAGGGAUCUGGAAGCAGUACAGAGCACAAGGGAUCUUCUGGAGAUAGUGCAUAUCCUUUUCUAGUGCCUUCUUUGCCAAAUGGUAACUCUAAACCAGGGAAGCCUCCAGUGAAGCUUGACAGACAACAAGCAGAUUUUCACAGGAAGGAGGCCAAAAAGUUGAAGCAAAAAGCAGAGUUAAUGAUGGACAAGGUUGGGAAGGCUUUUAAGUACUUGGAGGCCGCCUUGUCCUUAAUUGAGUGUGGGAUUGCCAUGGAGUCGGAAAGCCCAGCCUCCAAAUCGGCUUACUCGGUGUACUCCGAAACCGUAGACCUCAUUAAAUUUAUAAUGUCAUUAAAAUCCUUCUCAGACGCCUCAUCUCCACAAGAGAAAAUAUUUGCUGUUUUAUGCAUGCGUUGUCAGUCCAUUUUGAACAUGGCGAUGUUUCGUUGUAAAAAAGAUAUAGCAAUAAAGUAUUCUCGUGCUCUUAACGAACACUUCAGCAGUUUUUUCAAAGUUGCCCAGGCACCUUCUCCAUGCAUUGCAAGAAACACAGGCACACCAUCCCCUCUCUCUCCAGUUCCUUCUCCUGCCAGCUCCGUAGGGUCCCAGUCCAGUGCUGGCAGCAUAGGGAGCAGUGGUAUGCCUGUCACCAUCCAGAACAUGACAUCUUCUUAUGUCACCAUUACUUCCCAUGUCCUUACCGCCUUUGAUCUCUGGGAACAGGCUGAGGUCCUUACAAGGAAGAAUAAAGAAUUUUUUGCUCAGCUCAGCACAAGUGUGUGUGCCUUGGCCCUCAACAGCAGUUUGAUGGAUCUGGUGCACUAUACAAGACAGGGUUUUCAGCGGCUAAAACAAGCAACCAAAACACCUUAACGGAGGCCCAAGUUGAUUUGAUGGCUUGGGAACUUUUUUGCACAUUGAAAGCCUCAAAAACAGUUCAGACGUUUGUCUCAUCAGGACACCAGACUCGAGAAGAGAAGCACCAUGAGAUGGCCAGGACAUGUGUCCACUUAAACGUUCAAGAACUUAUGUGAUCGUUGGUUGGACAUGGUGGUUGUGCAGAAGCAGCAAUGAGGAGGCUGGCCUCAGAGAUGAUCUUGCCUUUCCUAACUAAAGGACAGAAGUGCAAUGUAGACUAAGUGGGCGUAUGAGUGGUCUAGAAACAUUUCCGUACUUUUUUAAACCAACAGGAUGCAAAAGGCAGAUGAAAUGAGGAGAAGCAGUUUCAGCUCUGAAAGCAAGUUCAUGUCCUCUCAGUAGCCACCCCAAUCUAUUCCCAGAAAAAUUUUUAAACAAUGAAUUUUGGUGUAGGGUUUUGUGGAUGAUUUUUUUUUUCCUUUUAAGUUCAGGGGGGGAAUGUUUGUUUAGUAAAUUCUAAUGGUCAUCUGUAAAGCAUAAGUUUUGAAGGACUCCACUGUACCCCACUUUCUGCACAUGAACAGUGGCUUUGAUAAUACCAAGUAUUGUCACAAUUUAGAAAAUUGAAGGCAACUCCCCCCCACACCCCUGUUGCCUGGAGUACCACGCGUUCACCCCAGUUCGGAUUUCUCUGUCACUGCUGCAGUCAGCCUGAGUCAGAGCAGUGGAGGGAGGAGCUGCCGCUCAUGGGGAAGCCAUCUUGAGAUCGCAUGCACCAUGGAGGACGUGGCACUGCCGUCUCCAUCCCCUGCUUCAGCGAAAGGCAGUCACCAUUGACUAUAUUCUGACUUUUCUACUUGGGGAAGAAGGGAACCAACAUUUAUACCUGACCAGAUGGCUAAAAUGCUUUUUCAUUUUUGUUUAAGUAGAGCUGGGAUUUGAGGUGCUGAUCUGUGGUCUACAGUUAUGUGGUAACUCAUGUUGUCUAACCAACACACAAUUUUGUCAGCAAAGAAAAAUGAAAACUACUUCUUAGAGAGGCUAUAUUUUUCUGCUACAAAUUAUUUUAUAUUUAUAGCAAAAGUAGAUUUUCUGAGCCCUUGAUUGUCUAGGGUAAAAUUAACUCCCUGAGAGGAUGUGGAGAUUUGGGUGGUUAAUUAGACUUAAAAAAAAAAAAAUUUGUCACCACAUGCCUUCACUCCAAAGUGUUCUCAAUCAACUAGAUUUGAUUGGAUUGAAGAGGAACCGUGGCCUUCCCAUACACUGUUAUUGCCAUAUUAUAGACGUUAAACCAAGUUCAUAGGGAAUAACCUAAAAUGAAAGAACACAAUCAAAAUUCCCACAUAACCAUAAGCACAGAUUUUUUUUAAUUGAAACUUUGAAGGUUAUUGGAAGCAUUAUUUUGAGUGCAGUGUUUUUAAAAAGCCAAUUCUUUAUAUCCCUUUUAGAAGUAGAAUUUGCACACACAUUAAAAUUGAGGAGUGAGUGUUAUCACUA